AUGUCUUUCCGCAUUGCACCAUUUCUCCGCCAGAGGCUCUUUACCACCUCAACACGUGCACGCACCGCCAUCCCUAUGGAGAGCGUUACUGCAUCUCAGUUCGCAUCAACGGCAAACGUCGUCCCCAAGCUUGGUAGAAUAGCAAAAUGGUACCUGCCUUCUAUGGCUGCAAUUGCUAUUGGCUUUGGUGUUACCAACGCUCUCCAUGAAGUUAACCGCAAGGCACACAUGGUACUUGAGCUCACUCAAGAAGAGAAGAACCAACAGUUGAUGAACCUCUACGGAGAGCGUUCAAGUCUUGAGGACAUGGAGCGAGCAUUCGCGGGUCUUGAGACAACCCCUGUGAACGCAAAGGACAGGGCCAAGCUUCUGGAAGAGGCAUAUGGGGACCGCGCCAGCAUCAAGGACUUGGAGAAGGCUAUGGAACUCUACGAAGUCCAGUGA